AUGGCGAUGCGCCAAUUGGAUGUUAAAACAGCUUAUCUCCACGGUGAACUGGAGGAGGAGGUCUACAUGGAACUACCCCCAGGCACGGAUCCAACAGAAGCCCAACGGGAAGUCUGCCUCCUACGCAAGUCUAUAUACGGACUCAAGCAACGACAAAGUGCUGCAGACGGCAUUGGGCUUUCUAAACCAGAAAGUCAGUUUGAGAGACCUGGAGAUCCUACAAAAAUCCUCGGCAUCGAGGUUCAUCGAAACCAGGACGAGAAGACAAUUAGUAUUAGCCAGACGAAAUACAUCGACGAGAUACUGCUCGGGCACAAGACAGACAUAGCAUUUGCGGUCAACUACCUCAGCCAAUUCAACACGUCCUACACCAUCCAACCAUUGGAAAAUGGCAAAGCGAGUCCGCCAGUCAUGUCGGACGAACUGCACGUGCUCCAUGACGAGGAUAAGCCAGGACGAAACCUAAACAAGAUCUACUUCACAGUAGGAGUCCUUAGCGGCUGCAUCCUGGUGCUCUUCUCGACAUGUGCCGUUGCCAUCAGCUCUCACGUUGCCCCCAACGCGUCCACCCUCAACGUGAACGGCACCUGCCACACUCACCCCUGCCACCUACUUCGACAACGACUCAAUGCUUCCCUCAACCCCAGCCAACAGCCUUGCACAAAUUUCUACCGCUUCGUCUGCAGCCGCAACGGCAGUGACCAACUGGCCGGCCAGAUGGCGUUCGACCAAAUAUGGACGGAGGAAGCUCUGCACAAAGCGUUCCACAAUGGACGACAACCCCUGGAUGCCAAGCACGGGUCAAACCGAUGCGCAAAAAGUCUCAAGCAGUUCCUCCGGUUCUUCAACUUUUCUUGGCCCAAGGUUCGCGCGAAUCAGACGCAGGCAUUCGAUUUGAUCGUAAGGAUGGAGCUUCAGUACAACAUGGGAGUGUUUUUCCGUUUCGGAAUCUCUCUGAAGCGAGCGAAUGCCUGGGACUUCACUCUGAAGCCGCCAAGGAUGUCGAAAUUCAUCUACUCCCCAACACGCAAGGAAAAGUACGUCAUGUACCUAGACAAGUUGGUCAAGCUGAUGAGCAGGGCGAAAAGACACGUCAGCAUCGUAGACUCAAUAUUAAGAAUGGAGGAAGAGCUUUAUCAGCUGGCUCUCUUGCAAGAUAAACAGCGCGUGGACAUCAGGAACUUGGCCUCGUUAACUCCUGCCAUUGGCCCAGGAAUGUGGAUCGAGACAUUCGGCAAGUACUUUGCGCUGUCCAAGUUCUUCACCAACCACACGGUAGUCAUUCGAAGCUCCCGAUAUUUCCAGGCGUUGUUCUCCUCUCUGUCACACAAAGAAGGCGCUCUUUACUUGGGGUGGCGAGUGGCUCGCUUUGCGGGCUGUUUCACGCACCAAGUUCGAACCCUAGAGGAGGCCGUACAGCUCAACUUCGACUCUUGCAGCCAACCUAUUCACAAACCGAAACAUUUCUGCCGCGCUGUGGCAUCGAAAGUGAUGCUCCCUCAGCUUGUAGCUUUCGCAACCAGUGCUCUGACAAGCCAGGAGGAGGUCCAAGGAGUCCACACCAUAGUCGAAAAUGUCAGGAAAUCUAUCGUUAACGGUAUCACCCUGAACCCCUGGCUCGACAACCAAACCAAGAUAAUGGGGCUCGAAAAGUUGAAGAAAAUACGUUACCUUUUUCCAGAGAUGGAUAACACAACUGUUACAGAGUUGCCGGAUAUGGGACCGGAUUUCUUGCAGAACUGGAUCCAUGUAGCUGCAAGGGGAAGCGCCGGCAAUAUAAACGUCGAAGGUCGUAUCAAGCGCCUGUACCAGGAACAAGUGCACUUCGAUAUAUUUAAGAACCAACUUCAUGUUCCCGUUUCCGCCACCAAACUCCCGCUUUAUUCCGAUCAGUUACCAGCUUCCGCAAAUUACGGCCGACUUGGACAACUGGUGGCUAACGGAAUCUUACGUAGCCUCGACGCCCAAGGGAAGGCCGUGGACGAGAGAGGCCGCAAGAAUCUCUGGUGGUCCCAAAACUUCACAAACAUCUACAAAGGUCGUAGGGCGUGCUUCGCUAGGUCGUACAACGCGACAAGUAAAUCGAACAAAGCAAACAUCGUGGAAGACGUCAUCAAUAGCGCUGCAAUUCGUUACGCUUACAGCGCUUACAAGGCUGUCGAAGACAAGACUGAUGGUGCUAUACUAGAGGGCUUCAGCGCGGAUCAGACUUUCUUUUUGUCUUAUUGUCACGCGUUCUGCGAUAAUGUCAAGGAUGGGGAGAACCGCUGUAACAAGCCCUUGGCGAAUACGGAGGAGUUUUCCCGCGCUUUUGUGUGCAGGCCCAACGAUCCGAUGAGUCCUAGUGAUAGGUGCUACCUGUGGUGA